AUGUGUGGUGUUCUAGCACUGAUACUUGGGAACUUGGACUCUAAAGAUGCAGCUAUCGAGUUGCAUAAUGCUCUCUACGCACUGCACCAUCGUGGUCAGGACGCGUGUGGCAUUGCAACAUCCCACAAGUCUGGACGAAUGUACUCUUGCAAAGGGAAAGGAUUCGCAUCGAAGGUGUUCCGAGAUAGUGCUCUGCUUCCUGAGCUGCCUGGAUUCAUGGGCCUUGGCCACCUCCGCUAUCCCACAGCAGGUACUUCGUCGAACGCCGCGAGUCAGCCAUUUUAUGUCAGCUCGCCGUACGGCUUAUUAUUUUCCCAUAAUGGCAACCUCUUGAAUACGGACAAACUUAAGGAAUACCUGGAUCGUAAAGCACAUCCUCCUAUUAAUACAGACAGUGAUUCUGAGAUUAUGUUGCAAGUUCUGGCUUCUCAGCUACUGCAGAGAGACAAGCGGAGGGUGGAUGCUGAUGAUAUAUUCACUGGCCUCGAAAAGAUGUUCAAGAUGACUGUAGGAGGCUUCGCCUUCUGCGGCAUGGUUGCAGGUUUUGCAAUUUUUGGUGCCAGAGACCCCAACGGGAUCCGACCUCUGGUGAUGGGAUCGAGAAAUAACCGGGAUGGGAAAGGGGUGGAUUACAUGCUAGCUUCCGAGUCCAUUGCUUUGGAACAACUUGGAUUUACUGAUGUUCAGGACAUCAGGCCUGGCGAAGCAGUAAUCAUUCCCAAGGGAGGGAAGCCUAUCUUUCGCCAAGUCCACCCAGAAUUGAGUUACACACCAGAUAUCUUCGAAUAUUGCUACUUCAGUCGUGAAGACUCAACCAUUGAUGGCAUUUCUGUGUACCAGAGUCGGCAGAAUAUGGGGUACAAACUCUCGCACACCAUUUGGGAGAUAUUGGGGCAAUCUAGCGUAGAUGACAUUGAUGUUGUGAUUCCAAUUCCCGACUCAGGAGUUGUGUCCGCACUAGCUGUUGCUGAAUCUCUCCAAAAGCCGUAUAGACAUGCAUUUUCUCGAAAUCGCUACACUUUCCGGACGUUCAUCAUGCCGAGUCAAGAGAAACGCCGUAAAAGUGUCCAGUCAAAACUCAAUCCACAGAGAAGGGAAUUCGAGGGGAAGACUGUGCUUCUCAUCGAUGACACAAUCGCGAGAGGCACCACUAGCCUGCGAGUUUGCAAUAUGGCACGCGACGCCGGAGCAAAGAAGGUAUACUUUGCAUAUACUGCUCCCCCGGUUACACAUCCACAUAUCUACGGCAUAGAUCUAGCCACAUCAUCGGAAAUGGUCGCUCACAACCGCGAUCGCAAAGCGAUUGCGGCAUCGAUAAACGCAGAUGAAGUGGUCUUUCUCAGCCUAGAAGAUCUCGAAGCUGCUUGCGCGGAACUCAGCCCUCGACCAAACCAGCGUUUUGAAGUCGGUGUGUUCUGCGGAAGAUAUGUCACGCCUGUGUCUGAUGGUUACUUGAAAAAGUUUGAAAGCACUCGAGGCAAAUCCAGGAUUGAAGAUGCGAGCGUCGGUGGGUUUGCAACCGUUGGCGAUAGCAUGACAACACCACCACCUGUGGGUGGGCGCUCGGAUGUCAGUCUUCAUAAUAUGGUAGCCGACCAAUGA